AUGUCCGAGCAGUCAAUUGCACCGGCGGCCUCCUCGAGUGCUCUUCCGUCCACGGGAGACAGAGAGAAAGAUGGCAUGACGAACGGCGGCGAGAACGGCCAGAAUGACCAAUGCGCUUCGAUCGAAAAACCCUCUCCGCGGAAGAUGCAUGGCUUCAAGUGGUUUCUCGCCAUCGUGGGCCUCCUCUCCUCCCUACUCCUCUACGCUCUUGACACCACCAUCGUCGCCACCAUCCAACCUGCCAUCGUUACGAACUUUGGCAGGGUCGACCUGGUCCCUUGGCUGGCCGCCGCUUUCGCGUUGACCUCGGCGGCAAGCACGUUGCCUUGGUCCAAAGCGUACGGUACCUUUUCGGCCAAGAAACUCUUCAUCGGGGGUACGACAGUCUUUAUGGCCGCGUCAGCCUUGUGCGGCGCUGCGCCCAACAUUAACGCUUUCAUCAUUGGUCGUGCGUUCCUGGGGAUCGGCGGCACGGGAAUGUACCUCGGGAUCAUGACCAUCCUUUCUGUCAACACGACCGAAGUCGAGCGGCCCCGAUAUUUGAGCAUGACAGGUUUCUUUUGGGGUAUCGGAACUGUGCUAGGUCCGGUAGUGGGAGGUGCUUUUGCUGAAAGCGCCGCAACGUGGAGGUUCGCCUUUUACAUCAACCUCAUUGUCGGAGCGAUAAUGGCCCCCAUUUACGUAUUUAUCCUCCCCGACUAUCAUCCCCAGCCCGGUGUCCCGCUGCUCGAACGCCUGGCACAACUCGACUACUUGGGUGCCAUUGGAUCUGCAUGCGCAUUUCUAUGCAUCAUGAUGGCCAUGAACUUUGGAGGCGUGCUGUGGGCUUGGAACGACGCCCGUAGCAUCGCCUUGUUUAUUCUGGCCGUCGUCAUUUUCGUCGCCUUUGUCCUUCAGCAAGUAUUCCUGUUCAGGACAACCCUCAACUACCGCAUGUUCCCGAUGCACUUUUUCAAAAACCGGACAAUGGUGCUUUGCUUCCUCAUCAUGUUCUUUGCUACUUUCGGAACAUUUAUCAGCAUCUUCUACCUACCGCUGUACUUUCAGAUGAUUCGUGGUGCCACGGCCAUGGAAACAUCUCUCUACAUAUUGCCAUUCAUCAUGUUUUUAUCGACAUGUGUUCUCCUCAACGGACACUUUAUGGCAAAGACGGGUUACUAUUAUCCUUGGUACAUUUUUGGAGCCGCGCUGCACCUUAUUGGCGGUGCACUUUUGUACACGGUCGACGAAUCAACCGAAAUGGCCAAGAUCUACGGCUACACCAUCCUCCUCGGCACCGGCGUAGGCUGCUACUGCCAGGCCGGCUUCCCCGUCGCACAGGUGACGGUCGACGCCAGCGACAUCCCAUACAGCGUGGGCUUCAUGACGGUCAGCCAGAUGUUGGGCAUCUCGAUUGGCACAGGCCUGUCGGGCGCGUUGUUUGUCAACUACGCCCAUGCUGGUCUCGAGCACGUCUUUCCCGACUCCCCCGCCGAGGAUAUCGCCUCCGCUGCUAGUGGUGUCAGCAGCGCGCUGCUGGCGGCAGCCGAUGCCGAGACCCGAGCCCGCGCCAUCAGCGCCAUCGCCGAUGCUAUACUGAACGCCUUUGUGCCCAUCAUGGUCGGUGGGGCGUUUUCGCUAGUUUUCAGCGUGUUUCUGAAGCGGGAAAAGCUCUUCAAGGGAAAGGAGCAAACAGCAGUGAUGUUUUAG